UGGUGACCAGGGGGACAGGAGUCUCGCAGGCAUUGCCUGUAGGACCACCCGGAGAAGCUGACGGCUGAGGCUGAGGCUGAGGCUGCUGCAUGUCCUGGCCUGGGGAGCCGAGUCAGCCCCCUGCACCCCUGCACUGCCUCUAAGGGACCCCCACAAGUGACCGUCAGUGGGACUGGGAAGCUCCUGUCUCAACAAAGCCCCGGAGUCGGCUCCCCGGGAAGCUCCGAGCGCGUGGAGGACGCCGAGCUGGUCCCGAGUCUCCCAGGGACGAAACCCACCUCGCACACCACGCGGGUCACUUCCCUCCAUGGCCGGCGAUUCCAGGACCGCCAUGCACCAGGACAUGGAGAUGGGGGCCGCGCCCCGGGACGCCAAGAGGAUCCCCAAGCAGGCCCGUGAGGACGCGCCCCUGGCCACGGACCGCACGCGCCUGCUGGCUGAGGGCAAGAAGCCCCGGCAGCGCUACGUGGAGAAGAGCGGCAAGUGCAACGUGCACCACGGCAACGUGCAGGAGACCUACCGCUACCUGAGCGACCUCUUCACCACGCUGGUGGACCUCAAGUGGCGCUUCAGCCUGCUGGUCUUCACGCUGGUCUACACCACCACCUGGCUCUUUUUCGGCUUCAUCUGGUGGCUCAUCGCCUACCUGCGGGGCGACCUGGAGCACGUGGGCGACCAGGAGUGGAUCCCCUGCGUGGAGAACCUCAGCGGCUUCGUGUCCGCCUUCCUCUUCUCCAUCGAGACCGAGACCACCAUCGGCUACGGCUUCCGGGUGAUCACGGAGCACUGUCCCGAGGGCAUCGUGCUGCUGCUGGUGCAGGCCAUCCUGGGCUCCAUCGUCAACGCCUUCAUGGUGGGCUGCAUGUUCGUCAAGAUCAGCCAGCCCAAGAAGCGCGCCGAGACGCUCAUGUUCUCCAGCCACGCCGUCAUCUCGCUGCGCGACGGCCAGCUCUGCCUCAUGUUCCGCGUGGGCGACCUGCGCAGCUCCCACAUCGUGGAGGCGUCCAUCCGCGCCAAGCUCAUCAAGUCCCGCCACACGGCCGAGGGCGAGUUCAUCCCCCUGCACCAGACCGACAUCAACGUGGGCUUCGACACGGGCGACGACCGCCUCUUCCUGGUGUCCCCGCUCACCAUCUCCCACGAGAUCAACGACAAGAGUCCCUUCUGGGAGAUGUCGCGCGCCCAGCUGCAGCAGGAGGAGUUCGAGGUGGUGGUCAUCCUGGAGGGCAUGGUAGAGGCCACAGGAAUGACUUGCCAAGCACGGAGCUCCUACACAGACACGGAGGUGCUGUGGGGCCACCGGUUCACGCCAGUCCUCACCUUGGAAAAGGGCUUCUAUGAGGUGGACUACAACACCUUCCACGACACCUACGAGACCAACACUCCCAGCUGCUGUGCCAGGGACUUGGCGCAGAUGAAGCGGGAAGGCGGGUUCCCCCAGGACCUCCCCGGCCCCCCUCUGCCCUCGGGCUGUGCGGAGAUGAAGCUGAACCAAGAGGCUGAGCAGGAGGAGGGCGAGGGGAAUCCCGAGGGGCUGGGUGGGUCCCAGGAGCCCUGAAGCUCCUUGUGAAGUCACCCUGUCCCUCGAUCACUGUCCACAGGUUUCAGAGGCAUGGACAGUGCAGGGCGGGGGGUGGGGCAGAAAGCAACUGAGAAUACUCUGAUGUUCCAGGGGCCAUCAGAGCACAUGGGAGGACCCGCUGCCCAGGCCUCCCUCAGCAGGUGACUCUGGCCUGGGUCCCAGUGACAGAGGGACAGCCUCAACAGGCUGUGAGGCACCCUCUGCUACUGGCCAGCCCAGGUGGGGGUCCCACAGGGCUCUCAGGGGGUCUCUGUCCUCACACCACACACAUGCUCUUCUGCCCGCUAGAUCCGCUGGACCGCCUGGCUCUCACCGACCUGCGGGCAGGCUGUCCCUGAGGUGGCCACUGACAGUGGCCUGUCCCCUCCCACUCCCCUGGAUGGUGCCAACUGAGCACACACACCAUGGACAGAAUCCAGGCCAUGCCACACCCCACACCUCCCAUCCCUGGGUGACCCAUAGCCCGCCCUGUUCGGCACUCAGGGCCUGGACUUUUGGUUCUUUGGCCUCUAUGGCAAUCUUGUCCCCACCCCCUGGGGCCCAGGGAGAAUUGGUGGAGGUGAGGGGAGGUGAGAGCUUUGGCUUCCAGGGUGCCUGGCUUUGGUUCUGGGGGGCACCAGGUCCCGGGUCACAGCCCUGGGCUUCGGCGGGUAAAAGCGUCAUGAAUGUGGAAGCAUGAGCCUUCAGUGGAAGGGGGUGCGUGAGCAGGAGUGUGUGGCCUGGAGCUCAGGGAGAAGCCCCCGACCUCCCCCCAGAGGCUGUUCUAUGCAGCCAGUGCGGCUCAGGGCUGAGAAGGGCCAGACUGUGAUCCCACCGGGUCCCCACGCCCCCAGGAAGCGGGCGCAGGGCAGUGUCUGGUGAGGUGGGGAGGAGGCAAAGAGCCUUCGGAGGAGAGUCCAGGCCUGCUGCCGGCAACUGGCCCCGGCCCCGCAGAACUGGACCUGAGCACUGAGCCGCCUGGCCCAGCUGGCCAAGUGUCACCAGGAGGGGGCCACAGGACCCCCAGCUCUGCCAGAGAGCCAGCUCCCCACCAGAGAAGCUGCCGUGACCUCUGAGGGCGCUUGUCUUCCAGUCCCGAGGCCCCGGGUGGGCAGAGGGCAGAGUGGGUCAAGGCAGGCCCUGGGGCCGGAGGGGCCUCUGUGCAGUUCCCAGGUGCUGGUGGCCUUUGGACAAGGGACCGUGUCCUGCCUGAGACGAGAGGCGCCUCUCCCAGGCUCGGGGCAGAAAGGGCCUUAGCACACGCGGCCUCGGACGCUCCGCCAGUUCCCCCCGCCUGGCUGCCGAGACCCCCGGGAGCUGAGGGACCAGCCCCUUGGGGGCUUCUGUGCUGGCAGAUCUGCUAGGGGCCCAGGAGCAGAGGGACAGCGGUCAGAGGUCAGAGGUGAGCAGAGGGGCAGCAGGGCCUGGGCCGCAGCAGCAGGCCUCCCUCCGGGCUGGACCCGGCCUUGGAGAGGACGGGGUGCCCUCCUGCACCCCACCACCCCGGAACCAGGGGCUGGAGUCUCUCCUAAGACCUGGCGCCUUGAUGGUGAGGGGGACCCCGGGUGGGCCGCGACACUGGCCCGUGUCCCCAUGAUCCCCAAACAGCCGGAAUCUCCCCGUCCCUGAGGCGCGUCUAAAACCCGCCUUAGUCAAACCACACGUGCCUGCAGGCCGCUGGGCAGGGAGGGGCCGCAGGGAAACUCAGCUUGCAGCCGGCCUGGGCCUGAGGCUGGAUCAUGCCUGCCUCUGUUUACCACUCUGAAACCCGAUCCCUCCCUCUUCCCCCAGAAGCCCUCCUGUCCAUUCA